AUGAUUAUGAAAAGAAACACUUAUCGUAACAAGGAAGCUACAGCUGAAGCCAAAGAUUCGGAAAGAGAGACUCCAUGUUCUUAUUGUGGAUUAAGGGAGCAUAUUGUAUCUAAGUGCCCGGCUAUAAGGAUGAAAAGAAAGUGUGCAGCCCUAUUAAAAAAACUUACCAAAGAACAAGCUGUGGAAGUACAAGUAAUCAUCGAUGAGGCAUUCAGUAAUUUUGAAAUCCAUGAAGAACAAGUGCCUCAGACCCUGAAAUUUUUACUGAAAGUGUUAGAAAAAGUAAUUAAAGAAGAAAAAGAAGACAUUAUAUAUUUCGUUGGGGAAACAGCAUAUCUAGGUGUCGAUUUACCAGCCCAAGAUAAGAACUAUGAAGGUUUAAUGGUAACCGAAAGUACCAGCAAAAGAUGGUGUGAAGAAUCAACUAGAGAAAAAGAAGACCUGAAGCAAGAAAAAAGCAUUGAGUUAGGUCCUGAGAUAGAUAUGGUUAAUUUAAUUGGCAAUUAUCUCAAAAUUGUGGAUACUUGGAAAUCCAAAUUCAGAAGACCUGAAGAAGAUAGGAAAUACCAAACACGAAGCAAACAUGCCCCACUAAGAAAUCGCAAAAAUAAACCUCGAAGAAAGCAAGGCGAAAGACCACAAAUAGGGACUGAAAAAGAAAACACUGUCAAUUGA